AUGAAGACGCUUGGCAGGCGAUCACCCGUAGUUUCUUGCCUCAUCCUUCUCAGUGGCCUGCUGCAAAAGGAGGCCUUGGUUGCAGAGGCCCAAAGAAUCUUUCCCCUGUGCCCAUGCAGCCCCACAGCGGACUGCGACUUUUUCUUCUCGGGCUUUCCCACUUACCUCCCCCAGUUCUCCGUCGCGGGCGGUACUCCCGGAGCUACCCAAACGUUUUCCACCGCAUCGCUGCUGUCAAGGUUCGGAAACGCGGUGACGUCAGCGGGCGCGGGCGCGCCCGUCGCUCUGACGCGCUGGUGCGUCAGCUCGCUCAGUCUCCUCGCGCAAAACACUAGCGGACUCCCCUCUUCUUCUUCUCUCGCCAACCUGUUUUCCGUUAGCGGGAACCUGCUCGCCUUCACGACGCCUUCCAACCCCGCACCAUUCCAGGGCCUGUGCAUCCUUCUUCCGCUCACCAGCAUCGCGGUCGCGCCCAGCCCCACCGGGCUCGGCAACACGGCGGCGGCUUACCCGGUGACUCGCCAGUGCGUCGUCUUCCAGACUGCGCCCCCGACCGGGGCAGCCUGCUCGGGUUAUGUGUGCGCAGCCAAUACGAGUGCAUAA